CCUAUAUCCUGUCUUUUCUGGACAGGACACCGGUCAUUUUGUGGACUUUCUUUGCCUUUUUCUUCUUCUAAUAAUCUGUGAGGUUAAAUAGAGUCUUAAUCUUCUUUCCCCUCGCCAUUUUGGAUCUUCUGUUUUUCCUGUUGGGAUUGUUUCCUCUAUUUUAUUCUCCAGUCUGAUUUCCUGCUCUCCUGUGAGCGUAUCAAACUUUGUAUUUUCCCCAACGCUCCUUUUUUCCUAUCUUCCACUGUUCCCUGUCUCCUUGUGCGUGGUUUUUGUGCCAUGCUCUCCUCACCCACUGUGAUUCUCCAGCCCUAUGGACUUCCUGUCUACCCACAGGCAACCACAUGCUACCCCAGCCUAGUUCAGGGAGGCCCCGGUCAGGAGGCCGGCCCCGGCAGCGGGGACCCCAACCUGUCCCAGGUCUACGCCCCUCCUCCCUCAUACCCCCCCCCAGGGCAGUGUCCACCCACAUCUGUGGGCAGACUGCCUCUUGAAUUCACCUCUGCACACCCCGGCUCAGAGUACGCUGAACACCCCCAGCUCAGAAUCUACCAGGGGCCCCAGCUCGAGGGGGCCGAGGUUCUGACGUCCAGCCACGCGGAGGAUGGUUUGGCCGCUGUGAACUCUGACCCCCUGUCGGUGUCAUCAGGGGGCGGCGCAGGAGAUGGAAGUGACGAGGAGGGGUCCAAUAAGGUCCAACCCAAACGCCUCCACGUCUCCAACAUCCCGUUCCGCUUCAGAGACCCGGACCUCCGCCAGAUGUUUGGGCAAUUUGGGACGAUCCUUGAUGUAGAAAUUAUCUUCAAUGAGAGGGGGUCCAAGGGCUUUGGCUUCGUCACAUUCGAGAGUGCAGGUGAGGCUGACCGAGCCAGAGAAAAGCUGAACGGGACGAUUGUGGAGGGGAGGAAGAUUGAGGUUAAUAAUGCAACCGCAAGAGUAGUAACCAAGAAGCCCCAGACGCCGCUUGUAAACAGUGAAAUUCCAACUUCUGGAUGGAAGAUGAACCCCGUCAUGCAGGCGAUGUACGCACCUGAACUCUAUACAGAUCCCUUUGUAAUGGCCGGUUUCCCCUAUCCCAUGGCCGCUCCCACGCUGGCGUACCGAGGCUCUGCGCUGCGGGGGGGGCGAGGCCGCGCCGUCUACAGCACCAUCCGCUCUGCUGCCGCCGCGCCUACUGCCGUGCCCGGAUACCCCGGGAUGGUGUAUCAGGAUGGACUGUAUGGAGCAGAAGUCUAUGGUGGCUAUCCUGCAGCUUACAGAGUGGCUCAAUCAGCGCCUCCUGCCACGGCAACCUACAGUGACGGAUACGGACGUGUUUAUACGACAUCUGCGGACCCCUAUCACCACUCAGUCGGACCAACAACACCAUAUGGCGUUGGUACAAUGGCCAGUUUGUACAGAGGAGGAUAUAACCGCUUCACCCCAUACUGAGCCACACACCCACACACACGUCUCUCUGCCUCUGGGAUUGGCUGAUCCAUGGACGCUGCAGGACAGAUUGUGAGAUCCUUGGAGAACGUGGAGAUGGUUUUACUUCCUGCUGUCAUCACAACCUCUCCUCGAGAGACUAAACAGACUGAAGAUGUAAAUAGUUUAGCACCCAUUCACUGUCCUUUCUACCGAUGAAUACUUAGCUCCUAGAAGAGGAUGUUAUUUAAUAUAUAGACAGUUGCUUAAAACCUUUAAAGGAUAAUUGUUUUCUGAAUUUAAAGUUGGCUAACACGGCAGAAGUUGGUGAAAAUACUGUGAGAGUUAAUUUUGUGAAUAUCUGAGAUUUAUCAAGUUUCAUGUCAUAGUUUGUACAAUGUUAUUAUUUAUGGUGACAAUUAUUAACUAAAUCUCUGUGUGUGAGAGUGAGUGUGAGUGUGUGUGUGUGUGUGUGUGUGUGUGUGUGUGUGUGUGUGUGUGUGU